AAAUGUACUUGUAUUAACAGUAAACUUGAUUUGUUCAAUGAUAAUGAUGUGAGCUGUAUUCGAACCAAUCUUUCCCAUUUUCUUGAUUGUUGAUAGUAACGAAACAUAAAAUUGUACACAUACGUGUAGAUCAACAUAGUUUAAACAACCUAUCACGUAUAAUACAGCUUCAUGCUCGUUUAACUUUAAUCCGAACGUGUUCUGUUUUUAUCCGGCAUAUCCGGUAACUGUUCCUCACACAGAUGUCCUGAUUUUAACAUGUAAGUCUUUGUGAAUUGUUAUUUAUUGUAUGUAAUUACUCCAGACACUUUUAUUGAUUGAUUUAAAUAACUGUCAGCACUUUAAUCCUUCUGAAUAUUGCACAAUUUACGAUUAUUUGUAUUAAAUUAACACGUUUCCUGCAAGGAAGUAGCCACUUAGUAGAUAUGCAUUAUGGGAGUGUUUACAUGGCAACCGUUAGCAGCCGAUGUCGUUGUCGUCUACAAAAUGUUUAAACGCAACAAAAGUGCGAAAUUGAAUCUAAUGGCUGGUGGUAACAAGGGCACAUACAAAGGCAGAGCUUACCAGUGUAGGAAGUGUUCGAAGGUGGAUCGAAAGGGGCGUACCAUUGCUCAUAUCCUAAAGCACCAUGUGCCUUUCGAUCAAGUUCCAUACUCUUGUUCAUUGUGCAACUUUAGAUGCCAAGAUAAAGAAACAUUGGUAAAACAUAUCAACUCAUACAAAAGGCAUAAAGAUGAAAUACUGAAAGCAGGAGGGAAGGUUGACCAUUCAAAGGUACUGAAUAGAUCUGUAAAUCCAAAGUAUAAUUUUGAAAAUGACUUGGUAUUAUUAAACAAAUUUGAUUCAAGUGAACGUUUUGGCAGACAGGAAGACCCUUUGGAUGACCUUGAUAGUAUUUUUGAGGAGGAUGAAGAAGAAUCCAACCCGUUGUUAUUGCCAGAUUGGGCCAAGGAGGGCAUAUCUUUAACUAAUACUGAUUCUCAGGUAACUCCAUCCAAAUCUUUGUGUCCAAAUAAUGGCGUGCCAGCUAAUUAUGUAAACAAAAGUGUACUAAACACUCCAGAACUUAUUCUGCCUGUAACACCAAGUGUGAGAAUGUCAACUAAGGUUAAUCUAGGCACAUCAGCAAACAUUUCACAUUCAAAUUCGCAGUUUAAUACUAUAUCUUUUGAUGAUUUAUAUGGAGCCCCAAGGACAACAUCAACACUGGGUCAAUUCCGUCCAAUGACAACAUCAACAUCCACACUUAAUCAAUCCGUCCAAUUGUAUCACACCCUAUUCCCCCUGCUGGAGCUACUUCAGUGCAAGAUGAAAGACUGCAUAGCAACCACUGAAGAUAUCCUGCCAGGCUGA